CAGCGCUUGGGUCUUUGGGGUGACACAAAAAGCUCCCGUUCGGUGACCAGCGCCUGGCUGAGGGUGUCCAAUCCAGGACGCGGAGGGUGGCGGGGCAGAUGGAAGGCGCCGCCUGAAGCCAAGGGAAGGACCGGCCGGGAGCUGGGCUGCGGGAGGAGACGCCGCCACUCUGCCCGCGCCGCCCCGCAACCCGCGGCGGGAGGAGCAGGCGGCAGGCGGCCCCCAACGCGCGUCUGGCAGAGCGCUGCACGCAGCACCGACCCCCGGGAUGCUGCUCAUGCUUCCCAUGCUGCUGUGGCCACAGCCAACAUAGCAGAGUCCGAGCCGGCGGCCGAGAGAGGCUGAACAAAGCUGGGUCUCAGUCGCGCUUCCUGCUUGUCAGCCUCUUGCUUCCCCAAUGCAUAUGCUUUCCACUUGAUGUCAUCACGCAGAAGGGGGUGAAAGGGACGCGCGACAGAUCCAGGAGGCCACGGGAAACAAAACCCGCUUCCCUUUUGAGUGAGGGCCACAUCACAGCCACAACAGAAUCUGACCACCCAAGCUUCCAAGCCACACAGCCACGUCAUACCUUUGUCACCCUACGCGCAGAAGAUUGGUGACAAAUGUGCACGCAGGAAGGAUUCAAACCAGAGUGUUCAGAGGCCCUAAGAGCUUAGAAGAAUAUGACAACGGUUAAUAUAAAAAUUAUUUUUAGUUUCACCAUGAAACUGAAGUCACGUGGAUCCAGUGGGCCAGGUUCUUGAGGAGGAAGCGUUGAAAGCCCCCAUUAGAUGAGAAAUUAGCACAUGCGCGAAUGUUAGAUGCCUGUGAGCUUGCUGCUCUCCUUUAGAAGACCUGCACGGAGUGGUGACCUUUGAGGAACAGCUCUUUGACCUUCUUGCUGGCCCUGCCCUUUGGCUCUUGGUCCACGAUGGAGACGCUCUCCCAGGAUUCCCUGCUGGAAUGUCAGAUCUGUUUUAAUUAUUACAGCCCGCGACGGAGGCCCAAGUUGUUGGAUUGCAAACACACCUGCUGCUCGGUGUGCCUCCAGCAGAUGAGGACCAGCCAGAAAGACGUAAGGUGCCCCUGGUGUCGUGGCAUCACCAAGUUGCCCCCAGGCUUCUCUGUAUCACAGCUGCCUGACGACCCCGAGGUCCUGGCUGUCAUCGCCAUACCGCACACUUCUGAGCACACCCCAGUCUUCAUCAAACUUCCAAGCAAUGGGUGCUACAUGCUGCCCCUGCCCAUCUCUAAGGAGCGCACGCUCCUGCCAGGAGACAUGGGCUGCCGUCUGCUGCCAGGGAGCCAGCAGAAGUCCCUCACCGUGGUGAGCAUCCCUGCAGAACAGCAGCCCCUGCAGGGUGGAGCUCCCCAAGAGGCCGUGGAGGAGGAGCCUGACAGGCGGGGUGUGGUGAAGAGUUCCACAUGGUCUGGCGUGUGCACUGUCAUCUUGGUGGCCUGUGUCUUGGUCUUCCUCCUGGGCAUUGUGCUACACAACAUGUCUUGCAUCUCCAAGCGCUUCACUGUGAUAUCCUGUGGUUGAAGCCUGUCACAGGGAUGCCUCCUGUGGGUACCAACUUAAGGGGUGAGCAGGUGUUGGUGAUGGGAUCCCUGUGAUGAGAUGGGGGUGACACUGACCAUUUGGUGCAAGCGCUGGCCUCUGAUUGGCCACUUGAUUCACCUGCAGACAAGAGCAGAGGGUGCGGUCUCAGCGAGAUCCCAGGAGAACUGUUUGGAGAUGAUGACAUCUGUGAAGAUGCGUGCAUGCUUCCUCAUAACUGUGUAUUCGAUGGGCUGUAAUUUAUGAUUUUCCAAAAUUAUUUCCCCAAGUUAGGCUAUUCUACUUAGACAUGAAACUGUACCUGUGGGUGUGAUGAGCUCUCUCAAUAUGGUAUAUGGUAGGCUAAAACAGAUGCUGUGUGUGCAAAGAGAAUUAACCUCAAAUUCAUAUUAAAAGAAAAAAGUCUAGUGAAGACACAGAGCUGGUGUGCAAGUGUGUGUGUGUG